GCGGGGGGCCACACACUGCCUCGCGCCCCCGCCCCGCGGGUGUCUCGCGCGCAGCUCUGCGAGUGUGGAGAUCCGUCUGGCGCCUGCAGUGCAUGCCCGCGCACCCCGCCUUUCGUUCCCCGUCCCGCGCCCCGCGGGUUCUCCCACUCCCUCGGUUCCCUCCAUUCCCUGCAAACGCCGCCCCUCCCGCGCGCUGGCUCAGGCGCUGGCGCCGCCGCCGCCGCCGCCGCCGCCGCCGGAAAGUUCAGGAGCCCUGGAAAGGAGAAGGAAUAAGACGACAGGAGGAAGAGAGAGAGAGGGUAGAAUGGAAGAGUCUCACUUCAAUUCUAACCCGUACUUCUGGCCUUCUAUCCCCACAGUCUCAGGGCAGAUUGAAAACACAAUGUUCAUCAACAAGAUGAAGGAUCAGCUAUUGCCAGAAAAGGGCUGUGGACUGGCGCCACCUCACUAUCCCACUUUGCUGACAGUGCCUGCCUCAGUGUCCCUGUCCUCUGGCAUUAGCAUGGACACAGAGUCCAAGUCAGAGCAGCUGACCCCACACAGUCAGGCAUCUGUUACCCAGAACAUUACUGUGGUCCCUGUGCCGUCUACAGGACUGAUGACAGCGGGAGUCUCCUGUUCUCAGAGGUGGAGAAGAGAAGGGAGUCAAUCAAGGGGUCCUGGUUUGGUAAUCACAUCCCCCUCAGGUUCUCUUGUGACCACAGCAUCAUCAGCUCAGACCUUCCCUAUAUCGGCUCCCAUGAUUGUCUCAGCUCUUCCCCCUGGCUCACAAGCCCUACAGGUGGUCCCUGACCUCUCCAAGAAGGUAGCAUCAACCCUAGCUGAGGAAGGAGGCGGAGGUGGUGGUGGAGGUGGCAAUGUGGCUCCUCCUAAACCUCCUCGGGGCCGCAAGAAGAAGCGGAUGCUGGAAUCAGGGCUUCCUGAGAUGAAUGACCCUUAUGUCCUUGCCCCUGAUGACGACGAUGACCAUCACAAAGAUGGCAAGACCUACAGGUGCCGGAUGUGCUCACUGACCUUCUACUCAAAGUCGGAGAUGCAGAUCCACUCCAAGUCACACACCGAGACCAAGCCCCACAAGUGCCCGCACUGCUCCAAGACCUUCGCCAACAGCUCCUACCUGGCCCAGCACAUCCGUAUCCAUUCGGGGGCCAAGCCCUAUAGUUGUAACUUCUGUGAGAAAUCCUUCCGCCAGCUCUCCCAUCUGCAGCAGCACACCCGGAUCCACUCCAAGAUGCACACGGAGACCAUCAAGCCCCACAAGUGCCCACACUGCUCCAAGACCUUCGCCAACACCUCCUACCUGGCUCAGCACCUCCGUAUCCACUCGGGGGCCAAGCCCUACAACUGUUCCUACUGCCAGAAGGCCUUCCGCCAGCUCUCCCACCUCCAGCAGCACACACGAAUCCACACCGGUGAUAGGCCGUACAAAUGUGCACACCCAGGCUGUGAGAAGGCCUUUACACAACUCUCCAAUCUGCAGUCUCACAGAAGGCAGCACAACAAAGACAAACCCUUCAAGUGCCACAAUUGUCACCGAGCGUACACAGAUGCAGCCUCACUAGAGGCUCACUUAUCUACACAUACGGUGAAGCACGCCAAGGUGUAUACCUGCACAAUCUGUAGUCGGGCAUACACAUCAGAAACAUAUCUUAUGAAACACAUGCGCAAACACAACCCUCCUGAUCUUCAGCAACAAGUGCAAGCAGCCGCGGCAGCAGCAGCAGUGGCCCAGGCUCAGGCCCAGGCCCAGGCCCAGGCCCAGGCCCAGGCCCAGGCUUCCCAGGCAUCACAGCAGCAGCAGCAGCAACAACAGCCUCCACCACCACAACCACCACACUUCCAGUCACCUGGGGGAGCUCCCCAGGGUGGGGGUGGUGGGGACAGCAACCCAAACCCUCCACCCCAGUGUUCCUUUGACCUGACCCCCUAUAAGACGGCAGAGCAUCAUAAAGACAUCUGCCUCACUGUCACCACCAGCACCAUCCAGGUGGAGCACCUGGCCAGCUCUUAGAGAUCCGUACUGCCAUCCACUGGAAAGAGGGAGAAGAAGUUCUGGUCCCUCCUUUGUCAACUCCUCUUGGUGGGAAAGUUCUCUUCUUCCUUGACAAGUCCUGUCUCCAGCUCCUUGGUCCUCAGGCAUGGCUUCCUUCGCAAGAUAACCAUCCUUAAUCUCAGCUGCUCCUGAUUGACAAAGGGAUCCUGAGCUGAUAGUGUUAUCCAACAGCCCCAUCCAAGCAGAGCUUUAAGACUGGGGGUUGGUGCUUGAGAGAGGAUCUGCUCUGGCCUCACAUCUUUUCCAGUGUGGGCACUUACCUUCCUCUCUUCUCAUCCUCAAAGUUGGGGCCGAUAGAAGGCUAGCGGCUGGUCCUCCCAGAUAAUACAGAAGGAAGCUCUAAAUGCAACCAACCUUCCGUUCUACGCUUACCUGUAAAAGAACAGGUUUUGCACGUGGCCUGACCCCUGUGAGCCAUUUUCUUUCCCUUACAUGGUCUCAUUUCAUAUUGGGUGGUGACUACCUUUUUAUUUGUAAGGAGGCCAGUAGGCAAUACAUGGUCACCAAGGUGCCAGAGACUCUCCAGGUGACCAAGGGUGGUUAUAAGAUUGUGGGUUAUGAUUUUUCCUUGCAGCCUCCUUCUCUGCCAACCAAGGGCCUAUAUACUUUGCCUCACCACACCAGUCCAAGGAGCUAUGGGAGCUAUGUUCUCUGUAAAACCCCAGCCAGGGUAUUGCAGAGAAGGGAGAAGUCAGGGCACACACAAGGACUGGAUUUAGCUCCCUAGGUGCCACGGUCAGAUGCCGACAUGGAUUUAUAUAUAAAUAUAUAUAUAUAUAAAAGUAUAUAUAUAUAUAUACCUGCUCAUCACGGCCAUCUUUGUUGUAACCAUUUCUGUGUUUAUAAAUGCAUUAUCUCUGAGAAUUUUCAUAUUGAUGUUUUAUUUUUGUCUUAUUUUUCUCCACUUUGUCCUCUGGCCAUGGCAUUUUGA